AUGCUGAGGAGGGUUGCCAAUCAGGCCUGCAAAAACUUCUUUUCGUCAUGUCGCAACAUACAUUUGCAGCCCUUUUCGACCUCUAUACCUCGCCCUACCCUUGGCCCCGGCGCCGAAGACGCGCAAAACUAUCACCAGACGCUCCUCACACUUUUUCUCACCGUUCCGCAAAACCACAAACGGCUGAGCGUUAUCCAAAACAGCCCUGCGCUCCGCGAGUACUUUUGCGACCCGGAAAAAAUUCUUCAACUUCUAUACGAUUUGGCGUCGUCCAAAACACCGAGAACCGCGCUUUUGGCCGUAAAUUUAUCGCGUCAGCUUGGCCACACGCUCGGAAUGAGCGCAUACGAAGUUAUCGCUUACCGACUGGGUACUCUGAAGGAAUGGGAAUUGUUGCUGUACGUUAUCCGCUCUGGAAAGCACAAUACGCACCAGACAACGGCCGACCUUCUCGACUGGCGUGCUCGAGGUCUUCUCGAAACCGAAAACUACACCCAACUGUUUGCUAUUCCCGACCUAUACAUUGCCAACGGUUUGGUCCCCUCGCGUCGAACAUGGCAUCUCAUCCUCUCUGGCUAUGUUCGCAACCACGAUCUUGCUGGUGCAAGAGAGUGCUUGACCAAGAUGACCGCCGCUGGCCACCCUCCCAAUUAUUCUACCGAUGCUCUUAUUUCAACCCUCUAUCAGAACAUUGGCCCCGACGAGCAAGUGAAAGAGCGCGGCCUAGAAGCGCUCGCUCAUAUCCCCCCGCGAACUGCGACACAUAUGAUGAACAGUCUGAUGAAUCUGCGACUCAAGAUAUACGACUUGGACGAAGUUUUUUACCUUCUUUCCGCUUACGACCAAACCAAAGUCGGCCCCUUGGUCUCAUUGUUGUCUGCUACAACCAUCCAAGGCAGUAGAGACACAGACAGAAUUCGACCCGCGUUUCCCGUGAUUGUUGAGCCUGACGCGAUCACGUUCGCAAUGUUCAUCGAUUUCUUCGCCCAUGUCCACGACCUUUCUCGCUGUCUAGCUGUUGUCCAGCAUAUGCGAGUGUCUGGCGUUGAUCCAACCCUGAGGGUGGUCACCUCGCUCAUGCGCGCGUAUUUCCUCUCGGGUCAAGGCGGGGCGGCCGUUCGAUUGGUCUCUGGUUUGUGCGAUCCUGGGACAUUUUCGACGGAAAAUUUGCCAUCGCCUGAUGACUAUGUCGUCCCAUUCGAAACGGCAGCACUAGCUCCUCCUACUCGACAAGUCUUCAACUACCUUUUACGAGGAGUAUUGGGCUCAAAUGGCUUACCUGGGGCUCGCACGGUUAUUCGCCUGAUGCGUGCAAAUCACAUCAAGCCAAACUCGCAGACUGGACAAAUCAUUGCCUCCCAUAUGCACAGAGUCCAACGCGCUCAACCGCGAGUAUUGAUGCGGAUGGUUCGCAGAUUUUCCCCGCGAUUUACCCUCAAAGAAGCCCAUGUUAUUCUGAGCUCCACUCUCCGCUUUCAAAAAUACCUCGUCGACGGCGUUGGCUGGGAUGUCACUGCUGCCAAGUUUUCUGAGACUCGUAUGGAGGCAGAACGUCAUAUCCCAGAAAGGGCAAUGACCGGUGUUGGGAUGAGCUUCGACCCGCUUGCCGGUCUUCAGGUUCCCUCUCGCGCCCGCCAGCGUGGGACUUUCAAGCCAAUCGAACAAUCGUUACGUGGGCGUGGAAUCAAGAGUGACCGGGCCGCAAUGGCUCUGCGAAUCAGACAUGACGCUGUCAUCAAGGGAGACAUGCCUUCAGCGGCGGCAGUUUUCGACCAAAUGCUUGCCCGCGGUCUGUACCCGACACGGCACCACUUCAGCGCCCUGAUGGAAGGAUAUGCGAAAUCCGGAGACUUGGAUGCUGCCAUUCAGAUAAUGGAGUCGACGACGUUCCAGCCAGAUGUGGUCAUGUUCACUAUUCUCAUCGUCGGCUACGCAAGACAGGGCGAGCCACAAAUGGCGCUUGACACUUUUCGUCGCAUGGUCGGUGAAGGGAUAAAGCCGGAUGUACCCGUUAUCGACGCCGUGGCCAGCGCUUUUUUCUUUGUGGGAGCAUACGAGAUGUGUUUUCGCGUCCUCACUACUCUGUGGCCCCACAUAGGCCCACUCCCGGCAGAUAUCAACCAGGCCUCACUCAAGUCAGCGGUGGUCUACUUUCGCUCGCUACACAAUAGAGGCCACAUGCCCAAGAUGUCGCUAGAAAGUCGACGACAGCUUUCUGAAGACUUGAGGCGUUUGACUAAAGAAUGGCGACAGUGGUUACUCGAGCAUCCUCGCCAUAGACGGAGGAAGCAGAAGAAGAGUUGA